AUGAGGUCUGAAUUGAGCCCAUUCUCCCUGCAGAAGCAGAAUCAUAUGUUCCUUAAGUUAGCAGUGUCAUGUCUCUUGGUGGGUCUCGCUUUAAGCCUCCUCUUCACGGAUUCGUUCAGCUUGACAUCAUCUUUGGUUCAGACACCUCUUCCUCUCGCAAAAGCAAUAGCUGAGUCACCCGUUAUUUCUUUUCCCUCUAAGACACCUGAUUCUGUUGAUUUUCCCGGAAACCAGAGUCAAACUUCUCACAUAGCCAGAGUGAAAUGUGAUCUUUUUGUGGGAGAUUGGGUGCGGGACCCAUCUGGUCCGGUGUACACUAAUGAGAGCUGCCAUGUGAUUGAAGAUCAUCAAAAUUGUUUGAGGAAUGGACGCCCUGAUUCUGGGUACCUUUAUUGGAGAUGGAACCCAAUGGGCUGUGAAUUACCCAAGUUUACUCCAAAGAAAUUCUUUGAUAUUAUGAGGAAUAAAUCAUGGGUCUUUAUUGGUGAUUCCAUCUCCCGCAACCAUGUGCAAUCGUUACUUUGCAUUCUCUCACAGGUGGAAGCAGCUGAGGAGGUCUACCAUGACGAGGAAUAUAGAUCAAAGAUAUGGAAGUUCCCUUCCCACAACUUCACACUCUCAGUAAUUUGGAGCCCUUUCCUUAUCAAAGCAGAUAUAUUUGAGGACAUGAAUGGAGUUUCCUCCUCAGAAAUACAGCUUUAUCUUGACAAUCUUGACAUCAAAUGGACCAAUCAAUAUAAGAAUUUUGAUUAUGUAGUAAUUGCUGGUGGAAAAUGGUUUCUAAAGACUGCAAUAUACCAUGAAAACAGCACGGUCACAGGAUGUCAUUACUGCCCCGGAAAGAAUUUAACAGAGUUAGGAUUUGACUAUGCAUACCGCAAAGCACUGCAGCAGGUUUUUGCUUUUAUCACAAACUCUAAACACAAAGCGAUUGUUUUCUUCAGAACCACCACACCAGACCACUUCGAGAAUGGGGAGUGGUUUAGUGGAGGAUAUUGCAAUAGGACAGUGCCCUUCAAAGAGGGUCAAGUUGAUAUGAGAGAUGUAGAUUCCAUCAUGCGAGUCAUUGAAGUUGAAGAGUUUGAGAAGGGUGCCUCAGUAGGUGCAAACUUGAAACUUUUGGACACAACUCGCCUCUCACUGUUGAGACCAGAUGGGCAUCCAGGACCAUACCGACAGUUCCACCCAUUUGAAAAUUCUAAAGUCCAGAAUGAUUGUCUGCAUUGGUGUUUGCCAGGUCCAAUUGAUUCCUGGAACGACAUACUAAUGCAAAUGCUGUGAUUAUUUAUGUAACUCAGGAUUGGUUAGUUUCUUUGUUCUUCCAUACCUUGAGUAGUUUUACAGGAAGGCUAGCAUAUUUUUAUAUGAAUGCUAACAUUAUUUGAGAUUCUCUUUUAAACA